AUGGCCGGAGCCGACGAACAGAAAGAGAAUACAGAUUACAUUAUCCUAAAUAGGCACGGCUUCAGGUCACAUGAGAGUCAGCAAAUUGAGUUUAUUGAUGACAUCACAAAUAACAUAGAACUGGAGAAGCAAACUGGUGUUCUUAUCAUGGGCGUCAACUCUUUGUUGGCUGAUAUCCAGAAAAGGAUAACAGAUGCAUUUGACAUUUUUGACAAUGAAAAUAACAAAACAGUAGAUGUCAGGGAAGUGGGUACAAUCAUUCGUUCAUUAGGCUGUUGCCCAAGUGAGACCGAGCUCCAUGAUAUGCUUGCAGAGAUUGAAGAGGAGGAACCAACAGGAUAUAUUCGUUUUGAGAAGUUUUUGCCUAUGAUGACAAAAGUAUUAAUGGAGAGACGGUACAAGCCUCUACCAGAAGACCAACUGUUGAAAGCAUUCCAAGUGUUGGACCACGACAAUAAGGGCCAUCUUACACAGGAGGAAUUAGCCAAGUACAUGUCAGAGGACGGAGAACCGUUCCAGCAGGAAGAAAUGGAGGAAAUGUUAUCAGCUGCCGUUGAUCCCGAAAAAGGAUGUAUAUUAUAUAAGGAAUACGUGUCCCGGAUGACAAUAGAGGAGGUUUAA